UUUGGGAAAGUUGCAAAAACAUAGGCGACGGCUAUAGAUUGGUGAUGCUAACUCAAAUGCCAAUUUUGCUGAGCUAAACAAACACUUUGUCUCCUACUCAAAUUCCCUCUUCAUGUUCCAAUUGAUUCCUUGUUUAAUUUGAACUGCUAUUCGUUUUAUCUGUGUUUCUGCUUCAUUUUAUUGAUUCGAAUUCGAAUUCCAUUAUCAAAUUUGAAUUGCAGAAUUGAGAAGGGGUUCAAUAUUGUAUUGGGUUAGGUUACCCAGUUUUUGGAUUUUGAGAAUGCUGAAUUCAAUGAAUUAUUUGUUUUGUUUUCAUUAGGGUUCUUUUGAUUUGAUUUUGUGUGUGUAUGUGUGCGCUAUACGUAAAUCUGAAGUGGUGAGAAAGAGGAUUUGUGAAUUGUAGAGCUUAUUUUGUGGUUCUAGGGUUUUAGUUUGCAUUUGGAGGAGUUGUUGUUGAGUGUCCCAUGGCUUCGUAUAGGCCAUUUCCUCCAUCAUCGCAGUCGAGUUUUGUUCCUCCGCCACCGCCUCCGCAGAAUCAGAACCCUCCGCCACCGCCGUCUCAAUCCAGGGGAGGUCAGUACUCGCAGAAUUGGGGGGGUUAUGGGGUGAAUGAUGGAUCUUCGUAUACUCAGCAGAAUUACUCUCAGGUACACCAGAGUUCAAAUUAUCAGCAUCCUGGUUACGUUCCUCCACCUCCUGCCACCAGAAAUCAGUAUCCACCUCCGCCUCCGCCUCCUGCGGAUUCUUCAUAUCCACCUCCCCCACCACCUUCUGGGCAGCCUCCUCCCCCUCCUGCUCCAAUGUAUUAUCCAUCUUCUCAGGACUCCCAGUAUAGCCAAAACCAUCCCUUGGAGCCCCCACCUCCACCCCCUCCACCUUCAUCUCCUCCAACUUCUGCUAUUCCUCCUCCUCCCCCACCUUCUCAGCCACCGUCCCCUCCACCACCUCCUUCAUCAGUUCCCCCUCAGAAACAACGUAAUGAAAGCAGGCAUAGUGCAGAGAAAAGGCGAGAGUCUGGUUGGCGUGAAUCAAGGCAUGGUAACCACACUUCUCGUUCUAAACAGCCAGACCAUUCUGUUCCCCCAUUGCCAAUGAAAAAAUCCAAUGCUCCUUCAGGAAGGGUUGAGACUGAGGAAGAGAGGAGGUCAAGGAAGAAGAGAGAGAUAGAAAAGCAAAGGCAUGAAGAGAAGAAUAGGCAGCAUUUGAAAGAAUCACAGAAUAAGGUUCUGCAGAAAACCCAAAUGUUAACUUCUGGUACGAAGGGUCAUGGGUCGAUCAGCGCAUCACAUAUGGCUGACAGAAGAACCACCCCUUUGUUAAGUGGAGAGAGGACAGAAAACCGGUUGAAGAAGCCGACAACAUUUCUUUGCAAGUUAAAAUUCAGAAAUGAAUUACCAGAUCCGACAGCGCAACCAAAGCUUUUGACUUUAAGAAGAGACCCAGAUCGAUUUACAAAAUACUCCAUUACUUCAUUGGAGAAAAUGCACAAACCUCAACUACAUGUUGAACCAGACCUUGGAAUUCCACUUGACCUUCUUGAUCUCAGCGUAUACAAUCCUCCCAAGGGUGUAAAGAUACCACUUGCUCCAGAAGAUGAGGAGUUGUUGCGCGAUGACAAUCCUAUAACCCCCAUCAAGAAAGAUGGCAUAAAAAAGAAGGAAAGGCCAACUGACAAAGGUGUUUCUUGGCUGGUCAAAACACAAUACAUUUCUCCUCUUAGCACGGAGUCUGCAAAACAGUCUCUUACUGAAAAGCAAGCUAAAGAAUUGCGAGAAACAAAAGGUGGCCGCAACAUCUUGGAGAAUCUUAACAAGAGAGAUAGACAAAUCCAGGAGAUUGAGGCUUCUUUUGAGGCAUGCAAGUCACGGCCCAUUCAUGCGAGCAAUCGCAGAUUACAGCCUAUCAAAGUCCAGCCACUUUACCCCGACUUUGAUCGGUACAAGGACCCGUUUGUGCUUGCGAAUUACGAUAGUGCUCCAACUGCUGAUUCAGAAACUUACAGCAAGUUGGAUAAAACUGUUCGGGAUGCAUGUGAAUCACAGGCCGUUAUGAAAAGCUUCGUGGCUACAAGCUCAGAUGCCGAUAAACCUGACAAAUUUCUGGCAUAUAUGGUCCCUGCGCCGAAUGAGCUAUCGAAGGAUAUGUAUGAUGAAAGUGAGGAUAUCUCAUACUCUUGGGUUCGGGAGUAUCACUGGGAUGUACGAGGUGAUGAUGCUGAUGAUCCUAAUACUUAUGUUGUGGCGUUUGGGGAAAGAGAGGCCCGUUACAUGCCUCUCCCAACAAAGCUUGUUCUGAGAAAAAAGAGAGCUAGAGAGGGAAAAUCAAAUGAAGAAGUCGAGCAUUUCCCAGUUCCCUCGAGAGUCACAGUAAGGAAGAGACCUACUGCAGCUGCCAUUGAACUGAAAGAAGAAGGGGGUUAUACAACAGCUUUGAAGGGGAAUGUUUCAAGUUCAAAGAGAUCAAGAAUCAGUCAUGAAGAUGAUGUUGGUGAACAACAUAACAAUAUGCAUGAUGAUGAUCAAGAUCAAUCUAGUGGUGGCGAGUACUAUAUGUCUGAUUGAUAUCUUCACAUUCAUUUAAGCUGAUCAGAUAAUUUAACAGAUAAGAGAGAGAAAAAAAUUAAAGGGUAGGUACAUGAGAGAAAUUGCAUAAAUAAUUAAUGUUUUGUACCAUAUAGGAAUUUUGCUCUUUGAAAAGAUUUAACUUUCAAGUAAUUUG